AAUCUUGUCCAUAACGUGGCACUGCAUCAGAAAGCGACUCAGUCUUCAGAAAACAGUCAGCUGGGUGCUGCUGGACAUGCAGUUGAUGGGAAAAGAGAUGCGAGCUUUCAAAGAGGGUCCUGCACUCACACCGAGGAAGAAUCUGACCCGUGGUGGAGAGUAGACCUGGAGAAUGAGUACACCAUUGCUGCUGUAACGGUAACCAACAGAGAUGAGCAUGAAAACAUGCUGGAUGGGGCCGAAAUCUGGAUUGGGAACUCAAUAGAUACCAACAACAUCAAAAACAGGUGUGCAGUCAUCUCACACAUCCCAAAGGGGCGCACAUUCUACUUUUCCUGCAGUCCUGCAAAGGGACGCUACGUUACUGUGCUUCUCCGAGGAAGCAAGAAGGUCUUGAGCCUCUGCGAAGUUGAAGUGUUUGUUCCAAACUACGAACGCCCUUUACCCAAUGUGGCGCUAAAAGGAGAAGCCACCCAGUCAUCCACGCUCUCUGGCGCUGCUGCCUCCAAAGCCAUCGACGGGAGACGGAACUCCUACUAUAGCGAUUGGUUCUGUAGCCACACUGCUGAAGGCCAGACCGACCCCUGGUGGAGGCUGGACCUGCGACAAACAUUUGUAAUCGUCUCCAUAAAAGUCACCAACAGAGGAGACUGCUGUGCUGAAAGACUGGACGGAGCUGAGAUCCGAGUAGGGAACUCACUGCAGAACAAUGGAAACGACAACCCCAGGUGUGCUACCAUCUCCCACAUCCGAGCAGGAAAAACCUCCACAUACCAGUGUGAUGGAGGCAGCAUGGAGGGUCGCUUUGUCAACGUGAUUAUCCCUGGAAAGAGUAAGACUCUGACCCUGUGCGAAGUGGAAGUGUACGUUGCCCCAGCAGUUUUAGUGCAACCUCUUCUGAAUGUGGCUUUAAACAAACCAACAGCACAGUCAGCGGUAUCUAUGGGUGGGUCGGCUUCUAGGGCUGUCAGUGGGUGUAGCAGUGGAGUCUAUAAACAUGGAUGUUGUACCCACACUGCGCAAAUGCGUGAUCCCUGGUGGAGGGUUGACUUGUUGGCCGUCCACAAAGUUGGUGCCGUCACCAUCUUCAACAGAGUGGACUGCUGUUCCGAAAGGCUUGUGGGUGUUCAGAUUCGGAUCGGGAACUCACUGGAGCACAAUGGCAUGAAAAACCCCAGAUGUGGUGUUAUCUCAUCGCUGGACGGCAAAAAAACAUUCACCUUCCAGUGUAACUUCAUGGAAGGUCGCUACGUCACUGUGAUGGUUCCAGCAGCUUCUAAAGUUUUGACACUGUGUGAAGUGGAGGUGUAUGCUUUUCCAGCUGUGCCAGAAGCUGAAACUCCUCUUGCGACUCCUGCGACUCUUGCGACUCCUGCGACUCCUGCGACUCCACCUCCUCCUCCCACUGUGAGCUCGCUGCUGGGGGGCAGGAACGUGACGGUGGUGGGAAAGAGGCUGUGCUGGUCCGACGCUCUGUUCUACUGCAGGCGUCAUCACUGGGAUCUGCUCAGCCUUCACAAUCAGCAGGAGCAAAGUGAGGUGGAGCAGCUGCUGGGUCGCGUUUCCUUCCCCCUCACAGGCUACGUCUGGCUGGGAUUGCACAGAUACAUAAUGGGAAAGAGCUGGUACUGGAUGUCUGGAGACUCCAUGGGUUUCACCAAUUGGCCCACAGACUUCGUCCCUCAACGUUCGUCCAACUCCUGUGGAGGCAUGGCCACCAGGGAGAGCUUCCUGUGGAAGGAUCCGCCCUGUCAGGAGCUCCUCAACUUCAUCUGCCAGUCAGGUGCUGAGGACGGUGCACAAAGAGUGUAUUACUACAGCACCAGGACAGCCACAAGUCCAUAGCAAAGGCGGAGGGUAGUGUAUAUGCUGGGAUGCAUAUUUAGUUAGAUAAAAUAGUUUUAAACAUGGAUGGAUUUCACUUCAGACCAUGUUUUUGGGUCAUAACAGAAUAGGAGGACAUUUAGGCUUUGAAACGUUUUAAAAAUAAACCUCAUCUUUUUACAA